CCUUAACCGCAUAACAUCGUGUAAAUAUGACAAUCCCAAACUACCAGUGAACCGUCUUUGGAACAGUUGUCAUUGGAUGAGGCUUUUUCUCCUAAAAUCCGACCCUCCGAGGUGAUAUGUUACGGAGUAGAUCAUUUAUCACAAUUGGAAUUAACGAGGGAGUCCUAGUCGUCACGCACAGUGUACUGAAGCUUUCUAAAACAGCUACCCCUUAAAUACCUAUAUACCACCAAACCAAUCCAUCAUCACUUGUAAUGGCAUCUCAGAAGCCCGUUAUCGUGUUAAUCCACGGCGCAUUCUUUGCGCCGGUGCACUACCGGAACUUGAUCGAGCCCCUGCGCUCUCAGGGAUAUAUCGUGCUGAGCCCGCCAAUGGCGACAACGGGUAUCGAUGACUCCGUCGCGGGGAAGACCUACGUCGACGACGUCAAGCGUAUUCUCGAGAGUCUUCUUCCCUACUUAGAUGAGGGUAGGGAAGCCGUGGUAGUCGGUCAUAGCCAGGGUGGAAUUGCCGCCAGUGCCUUAACUGAGGGCCAGACCAUUGAAGAUCGCAAGGCUAAAGGCCUAAAGGGAGGCAUCAAAUCAGUUAUAUAUCUCACUGCUCUCGCCAUACCGACGAAGGGCGAAAGUUUACUGGGUAUGCUGGGUGGCACGCCCCCGCCAAUCUAUAAAGCUGAAGGACCUUUCUACGUCCUUACCGAGGCUGCACUGUCCCCCAAGAAUAGCGAUAUUCCACUCCCCAAAGAAGAGCAGAUAGCGUUGGCGAGGAGCUUGGUGCAUCAGAGCAGGGCGAGCAUAGAAGCCCCCGUUCAAUUCACUGCGGCCGACGUCACUGUCCCCAAGACGUAUAUCGUCUGCACUGAGGACCAAUCUUUACCCGCUUCUCUUCAGGAGAUGCUCGCCCAAGCCACCGGAUGUAACAUUGUUAAGCUCCCAGUCACACAUUUCCCCUUCCUGGAGAGCCUUGAUAGUGCGAAGAAGGUUGUUGAUGUCAUCGUGGACGUCGCUGGGAAGUGAUGAAGAUCAGUUGGCUAAAUAAAGUGCAUAGGAACCUAGUGAACUACCCUGAAAAGCCAGUAGCUCCGUCUCUCAGCUCAACCAUUUGUAUAGUAACUCUUGUAUAAUAAACCAAGAACAUCCUAGAGAAUGGGAGGCAUCAAAUGUACAAAGAAUUAUAAAUUUCCCCGUAUAUUUAAACAUUGACAAAGUUCCACGUCUCGAUUUUCUAGGAAUAUAGGGGGUUAGUUUGUAUGCUACUUACAUAUAUAUUUAAC